CUGGCCUGACGGGCCCUUUCCCCCAGCUUUCUCCAUCCCAGACCCCUGCCGCAGCGGAAAGCGGAAGGGCGGUCCGGCCCAGCUCGACGGGCCGCGCAUGCAUACAUUACAUACUAAGUGACUUACAUACACGAAAGCAGGGUCCACGCUGCCUGUCAUGGGGUUGGCUAGAUAGAAGAGCAGACGGGCCCGGGUCUGGUCUGUCUGGUACGUACUGCGAGGUCUGACAUAAACCGAGACCGUCCUCGCCGGCGCCGCCUCCACAGUUGAGGUGAGGCCUUGUCUUUGCGAGAGCUCGGGCGCAUGCGCCGGUUGAGCCGCUUUCGCGAGUGACGGAGCUUUUUGUCCUUUUUCUCCCUUUCAUCUUGGGCCGGCCGCAGCUCUUGUGCGAUCGAGUCACGGCAGCAGAAACCGCGCUUGACGGCUGACGAAGAGACGACGACGCACGGGGCCCUUCUGUGUAAUGACCGGUCAAGGAUUUCGUUCGAUUCACAGCCUGGGUUUGGACGUGGUACAGUACGUCAGUCAGGUAUUUAGGCUGAAGCGUCAUCCUGGAGGCAGUCUUGCAUUGCCGCUUCCUUCACCACCGCCGCCAUCACCGUCGGAAAGCGACCCGCAGGUUUGCACAAUGACGAACGUGACCCGGCCUGCCGAGGCCUCGGACUACGGCACGCGGCAGCUCGAUAGCUGGAACCAGGCCGCCAUGCGCUCAUACGUGCGGCAGGUCUUCUGUUUCCCCUUUUGUGGAGGCGCCGACAGUCUUGGCGUUGAAAUGCUACGGUUGCAUCUCGCUUCUGCUCUGGCCAUGGCCUCGAAACGCUUCCCGGACUAUGCGGCCCGGGUCUUUCUCGAGCCUGGGAGCGCCGGCAAGGUGUCCAUCGGCAGGACCAGUGCGGACCAGGUGUCCCUCAGAGUCAUGGACCAACGGACGCUCUUUGGAUGGACCUAUCAGCAACUCAAGAUGGCAGGGUUUCCGGCCAAAGCCUUUGUUGACCCGUCGUUUACCGUGCCCUAUAGGCUACUUGAAGGCGGUCCAGGUAUACCCGUACUGGAGAUUCACGCGCGGGUGAUUGAGGGCGGUUUGCUCCUGUGCGUCUACUUGCAUCAUUCUAUCACGGAUGGCAUGGGAAUGACCAACUUUCUCUCCGUCUUUGCCGACUGCACGCGCCGCGUGUCGGGGCAUGACAGGUCUAAUGGGCUCAGGGGCUCCAACUUGGCUCCUGUCCGUGACGUGCCGAUGGAUAUAUACACAGACCUACCGGAGGAAACGACGGCGCGGCUCCUACAAACGGCCCCCUUCGAUGGCCUGAUGAGCCGCUGCCCCGAAUAUGGGACCCUGCCCAACCUAAACGGGCCAACAUCUCCGUUGAUACCGAGCCCUCCCACAAAGACGAUCCAAAAGACAGGAAGGAUAUUCAGGUUUAGCCACGCAAAGAUCGACGUCAUCAAGAGAGUGGCGCGGCAAUGGCGGUCGACACGUUUCGUUGAUGCCGAAAGCCGAUAUCCAUCUACGUACGCUUGCCUUGCCGCGCUGACCUGGGCCUUUUCAACCGCUACCCGCUUCGGAGUCGCGCGGAAAUUCAAAGUGCUUCGCGCAAAUAAGCGUGAGAGAACAACAACAACAACAACAACAACAACAGACGUGAACGGCGGGGUCCCUUGCCGCAUGCUCAUGCCGGCGACGUGGGCGAGUCGUGCCUUUCCAGAGGUGUCCAAGACGUACGCGGGCAACGCCGUGGCGAUGCCCGAGGCGAACGUCGGCUUGCGUGUCCUGUCAGACGCGGCGCGGUCCUCUCCUGAUGAUGCUGCCGCCGUCAAGUUGGCAGCCGCGGGAAACCCGUUGGGCGCCAUCGUGCACUGCAUCGAGACGGCCCUCGCCAGCAUCGACGACGGUUUCGUCGCCACCCGGACGGCCAUGUUUCGCGCGGCGCCGGACCCUCGCGUGAUCGGGGUCCGGCUGGAUGCGGCGGACCCGCGCGACUUCAUCUUCAACUCGUGGCGGCGAUUCGGCGCGGACACGGUCUGGGGGAUCCCGGGGACGGAGGCGGGCACCGGCGGCGGCGGCGAUGGCGUAUACCCGGACGCGGUACGCAGGGCCCAGGUGGCGUGGAACAUGGGCGCCGGAGUCAUCAUGCCCGGCCGCAAGGAUAGCGGCGUGUACGAGGUGUUGGUGACGCUGGAUGUGCCGUCGAUGGAGCGGCUUUGCAAAGACGACAACUGGAGGGCGUGGGUGGACGAGGUCAUGGAGUAGUUGACCGACUUUACACAUGCGAUCGGCCAGGGGGCCGCUGUGACAUUGCAUUGGACCAUGUCUUGCGCAUGCGUUCCAUGUCGCGGAACCAUGGGAGCUGGCUGAUCAGGCAGGAUAGCGGCUGACGCGCCUAUUAUGUUUGUCACAACAUGGGUGGGGGAAAGCCCCUCGGCCGUUUUUGCAUGUACGCGCCAUGCUGACGCCUGGCAGUAGUUCUGCAUCUCGUGCCGUUUGUCUGGGUUUCCAUUAACUUGAAAGGGGGAACGCCGGUUCGUGUCGAGGAUUUGCGUCAUCAGGCAACGGAACGUCGUCGCAAUAACAAGACGCAAAACCAAAGCUGUAUAUAAUGGAGGCGUUUUUCGCAAGGCAAUUGAGCGAUAGAAAUAGUACAAGAGGC